AUGGCUAGGAAGAAAAUUAAUGAGAAAACUGUAAAAGAGACUGCUAAGAAGAAGAAGAAGAGUGCAAGUGGUCAGUAUCGUAGAGCUGUAGCUAAAAAGAAGAGAAGUGAAAAAAAUUACAGUGUUGAAACUCUUCAAGCUGCUCUCAAUGCAAUGGGCGAAGGGCUGACUCUCCGUCAAGCUGCUCACAGUUUUGAAGUACCAAAGAGUACUCUUUUUUUAAAAUCAAAGUAUAACUCACCAUUUGAGUGUAGGAAGGGACCAAAAACUGUGUUGAGUGCGGAAGAAGAAAAUGAAAUUGCAAGUUGGAUAGUGUUCAGUGCAGAUAGUGGUUUUCCUGUGAAUAAAACAAGACUCCUUGACUGCGUACAAAAAUAUUUCAAUAAUAACAAAGCUAAGAGUCCUUUCAAGAACAAUCGUCCUGGGCAACACUGGUAUCGAGCUUUUAUGAAGAGACAUCCAAAUCUGAGUACCAGAAUAGCACAAAAUCUGACUUCUACCAGAGCAGCCGUCACUGAAAACCACACCGAGUAUUCAACUUGGACGAGUCUGCUUGUUCCUAAGGACAACAAAGUGAUAACAGAGAAAGGUGUUAAGGCUCCAUAUCAAAUAGUGUCCGGUAACGAGAAAGCCAGUUUAACAAUAUUAUUUACUGUUGCUGCUUCUGGAGUAAUGCCACCUCCCAUGAUUUUAUUUGAUCUGAAAACGUCGCCAAAGAAGAAUGUUUUGGACCAAAUACCAAGAGGCUGGGGAGUAGGAAACACGGAACGUGGCUGGAUGACAGGUGAAAGCUUUUAUAGUUAUAUAAGUAAUGUAUUUUACAAAUGGCUACAAGAGAACAAUUACGUGUUUCCUAUCAUCUUAUAUGUAGACGGACAUAGCUCACAUAUGAUGCUACCACUACUUAAGUUCUGCAAAGAGCAUCUUAUAGAACUAGUAGUACUUUAUCCAAAUGCCACACACACAUCAUACAACCAUUAG